AUGUCUGAAGAAUCAUCGUCAUCAUCCGAUAAAAAAUUAAAAGUGGGAUUAAAACCUGAAGAGGAGCUUAGAUUUGAGGUUGAUUUUGGAGAAACCCUAAAACUGAAAUUAGUGGAAGGAAAAGCUGAAUUUUUCGGAACUGAAUUAGCUUUAAAUAAGUCGUAUACUUUCAAUGGAGGUAGGAACGGAGCAGUAUUUACGUAUCACGGAGCAACUAUUGAAUUGGAAAGUUCCAAAGGAAAGGAUGAUAUUAACAGCUAUGUUGGUUCAGAAACACCCAUGAAGGAAUAUUUAGAAAUUCAUGAGAAAAUCAAUGCUCAAAGAGCUCCUAUGAAUCCUCCUCCCAGAGUGCUGGUGUGUGGACCUUCAGACACUGGAAAAAGCUCAGUUGCUAAAAUUUUAUUAAAUUAUGCUGUAAGAGUUGGACAACGACUGAUAUUUGCUGAUUUAGAUUGUGGUCAAAAUGAUAUUACUUUUCCUGGAACUCUGAGCAUGAUUGUUAGAAAUGCAUGGGAAACUAUUGACAUUGAAGACGAAUUUUCUCUAUGCUCACCAUUGACGUAUUUCUACGGUGAAACCUCUCCAGAAAAGAAUAUAGAUUACUUCAAAACUUUGGUGAGCCAAAUGAAGAAAAUGAUCGAUAAACGAAUUUCUAACGACCAAUUAUUGAGCGAGGGAGGAUUUAUUGUUAAUACUGGUUGGGUUGAAGGUGUUGGACAUCAGAUAUUGCUAUAUAUCAUCAAAGAAAUGAACAUUAAUCACGUAAUUGUUAUGGGUGAUGACAGAAUGACCAAUAAUCUCAAAAAAGAUUUAAAGGACUCUAAAAUUACUGUAACUCGGCUCAGAAAGAAUCCAGGUGUAGUCAACAGAACAAAAGAGCACAGAAGCAAGACCAAUCAAUUGAGAACAAAACAAUACUUCUAUGGAGCUUCUCGAAGCUUGAGCCCUCAUUCAAUCGUUGUCAAGUUUGACGAUAUCAAUUUGUGUAGAAUUGGUAGUGAAUGGCAAGCACCAGAAAGUGUUUUGCCAAUCGGAGCAAAGUCAAGUUUUAAUCCUGUUGAGAUCAAACAAGUUGACUUCAGCGAAAUCACAAAGUUCAGCAUUAUUGCAGUGUCCCAUGCCAGCUCUUUGGACGAAGUCUUAACCAAGAAUAUUUACGGUAUUGUUCAUGUAACCAAAAUUGAUCCAGAAAACAGAACCAUGACAGUACUAUCGCCUUCACCUGGAAAGAGUUUGCCAGGCAAAUUCUUGAUUGUGGGUCACAUUUCGUGGCUUGACACGUAA